AUGGAGAACGCUCACGCUACUGUCACGCGCCCAUUUUCCGGAUUUUAUCAAACCUGCAGCGUCAUCACGAUGGCUGUGAACCCAGUUUCUGAGCUGCAAGAACGUGCGCAGAGAAACGGUCUGAGUCUGGUUUAUGAGUUUCUGAGCUCAGAGGGACUGGACCACAACCAAACGUUCUCCAUGAGGGUUGUUUUGGAUGGUAAAGAAUAUCCCAGUGGGGUGGGGAAAAGCAAGAAGGAUGCCAAAAGAGAUGCAGCUCAGAACGCCCUGAAGUGUCUGGACGGGCGUCAGGAUUCAGCAGACAUAUCAGCAGGAGCAUCCGCCUCAGUUAGUAAGCCAACUAUCAACUACAUCUGUUGGCUCAAUAAUUAUAGUCAGACGAACCUGGUGAGUGUAAAGCCGGAGGAGAUAAUCAAACCUGGACCCUACAACGAGUCUUAUUGGUGUAGGUUUGUGGUUGGCGACAAGGAAUAUCCGAAGGUUUGUGGAAAAACAAGGAGAGAAGCCAAGGAGAAUGCAGCCAAGCUGGUGCAUGAUACGAUAACAGGGACUAUAACUGCAGAUUGUAAAAUGUUGUUUGUUUGUCACAGUUCAAUGACAAGAAGCCUGAGCAUUGUGGACAGUAGCUUCACAGCAGCAAAGUUUAUUAGUAUUGUCACCAACUAUUGCCAGAAUACAAAACACCGUCUUUCAUAUUUAGAAGUAGCAAAAAGUGGUCCCUCUCAUAAUCCCCAAUUUUCCUACAAAUUAUUAAUCGACCAGAAGGAAUACCCUGUAGCUCAAGGGAGGAGCAUCAAAGAAGCCAAAGAAAAUGCAGCAAGACUGGCCUGGUCCGCUAUCCAGGAGCAGUCAGAUUACGACAGCAAGGUGUCGGUCAAAUCCACAGUGUCUGAAGAUGAGGCAACGUCGACCUCGUCGGCUACACUGGAAACUGCUGAGUCAGCAUCACAAAACGUGCAAAAUAGCACAAGUGACUCCAUAAUAUUUGCUGAUUCAUCAAAGCCCUCAAAGCCCCAGAAGUCCUCGGCAACAGAGUUGGAAGAGAAAACAUCUAGACUCUCAUCUAAUUCAUUGGAGUCCUCUGAGCCGCCUACGAGCCAAACAACUGAUUCAGGGAUGACCUCAGACCCACCUGAAGAAUUUAAAGACCAGCCUCCCAACAUCAUGUUCGGAAAAGAUGAAAAGGUGAAGAUUGGAGACUUUGGAUUGGUCACCAUCGACACCAACGUCGGCGAUGAAAACCUGAUAGAUAGAACUCAAGGACCAGGAACCAAAUCCUACAUGGCUCCAGAGCAGAAGGAGAGUGAAUAUGACCGGAAGGUGGACAUGUUUGCUUUGGGUUUGAUCCUCUUUGAGCUCCUGUGGAAUAUUUCCGCUGUGACCUACCACGAAAGAGCAAAGAUCUGGGAGGACUUAAGAAGCAAGAAGUUUCCCGAAGAGUUUUCAAAAGUUUUUCCCCGAGAGUACAUGAUAAUUAACUCUUUGCUGUGUAAGAACCCGAAUGAUCGACAGGAAGCAACUGACCUGAAGUCUGAGCUGAAAAAGUUAAACAAACAAGAACGCCCUAAUCGUGAAAAUCGCACCGUCUGAAUGU